UUUGCUAUAAUAAAACAAUAAAUAUUAAAUAGUUCUUAAAUUUAGCACAACUGUUUGACAGUUUUAAUGUAAACAUACUGGUAUGCAGGAAAAAUGCCUCACAAUUUAGUUCAAUGGUGUAAAUUCUGGUUUCAAAAAACCCAACAAAGUAUUAGAAAAGCAAUCAACACUGAAAGAUUCUCAGUCAAAUAGAGGACAUAAACUCUGGAAAUACCACACACCCUUAGUACAUUCUGAAGCUGCCAUACACUAACUUUGUUCCUCUGAACCACAUGAUGUGCGAUGACUGCUUGGUGGCCAAAUGAAGUCGUUGUUCCAGUUCACCUGGAGCUAAAGCUGAGGUUGAAGAGCUUUUCAUGUGAUCUGUCUGCUGUAUGGAAGGUCUUUCACAUUCAGACUGAGCCGUGUGUCGACUGAAACCAUGCAGAAGUUUUACAACGCUGUGCUGACACUCAUGACUUCUUAAGUAAACACAUUUCUACCAGAACAGAAAAUGGGUUUUUGAAUUAAAGAACUUAGCACAAAAAAAAGGCCUGGAGGCAAAGAUUUCCCCCCUUUUUUUUAUGAUUAAUUAUAUGGUUGUUGGGAUGCAGCUUUGCAAGAUUAAUUAAGGAAAUAAUAGAUGCGUCCAAAUGUUUUUUAAUGAUACCCAAUGCAAGUUUUCUAUACCCAAUGUUAAGUUUUCAUACCCCCACCCAAAUUUGAUCAUAUAAAAAAGGAACUCUUGACACUGAAAAUGCAGACUGUAAAUCUAAGUCAGUAAAUGUGCUUGUUAAAGAAAAAAUGAACAAUUAUUCCCUCUUUGUUCAUACUAAACGUUAACACUGUGACUCAUACUUUUAACAGGCUUCUUUUAAAUCAAAGCUUUUGAGCAACAUGUAUAGAAUAGAAUCCCAUUUGUGUUCUUGCUGGUAGAAUGAGUUUGUUUUUAAAAUUAAAACUAAACAUUUCCGAAAAUAUUAAAUUGAUGCCGUUUAAUAUGUAUUUUUGUUUCAUAUGGAACAUGACAGGACAACAUGUCAUCUCAUGGAUCAGGGCUUAAAUUAAAAGCAACCUGUAAGAAGCAACAAUACAAACUACUUUAGCUGAUGUGAGUCCAAAAAUGCAGGAAAGGUUAAGAAGCCAAGCUGUUGACACAGACAGAAAGAUGUAGCCAAUGAAAUGGAGUACGAUGAGAAACUUGCUCUAUUUCGCCAAGCUCGCCUCAAUCCGUUUGAUCGAGGAGAGGAUGAAGAUCGUCCCCAAGAAGGCAAGACGCCUCUACAACAUGCAACGAGACCUGAGCUGUUUAAUGUGACCAGGACUCCCAGCUCAGAUCGAACGAUGGAUCUCGGUCUAGCUGAGGAUCACUUCUCAAGGCCUGUGGGUUCUUUCGUUGCAUCAGACAUCGAGCAGCUGAAACUGGCCAUAGAGGAGUGUAAGAAGCUGAUCCUGGAGCUGCCGGAGCAUUCAGAGCGACAGAAGGACACUGUGGUCAAACUGAUUCACCUGCGCCUCAAACUGCAGGAACUCAAGGAUCCUGAAGAAGAUGAACCUAAUCUGAGAAUCCUGCUGGAGCACCGGUUCUCCAAAGAGAAGAGCAAAAGUGUGAAACAGACCUGUGACAAAUGUAGCACCAUCAUCUGGGGUCUGAUCCAGACAUGGUAUACGUGCACAGGAUGCUAUUACCGUUGCCACAGCAAGUGUAUGAACCUGAUAACAAAACCCUGUGUCAGGUCAAAGGUCAGCCACCAGUCUGAAUAUGAACUCAGCAUCUGUCCAGAAAUAGGACUGGAUCGCCAAGACUACCGCUGUGCAGAAUGUCGCUCGCCUGUUUCACUGAGGGGUGUACCAAGCGAAGCCCGACAAUGUGACUACACAGGGCAGUACUACUGCAGCACCUGCCACUGGAACGACACAGCUGUCAUCCCAGCUCGUGUCAUCCACAACUGGGAGUUUGAACCACGCAAGGUUUGUCGCUCCUCGAUGCGAUACCUGACACUGAUGAUAUCGCGGCCUGUGCUCAAGCUGAAGGAAAUCAACCCGCUGCUAUUUAACUUUGUGGAGGAGCUGGUUGAGAUUAGAAAACUUCGUCAAGAUAUUCUUUUGAUGAAACCCUAUUUUAUAACUUGCAAAGAGGCGAUGGAGGCUCGGCUGCUGCUGCAGCUUCAGGAUCGUCAGCACUUUGUUGAGAACGACGACAUGUACUCACUGCAGGAUCUAAUUGACAUCUCUACUGGCAGACUAAGCUGUUCCCUCACUGAGAUCCACACCACGUUCGCUAAACACAUCAAACUGGACUGUGAGCGCUGUCAGGCCAAAGGAUUUGUUUGUGAGCUCUGUAAAGAGGGAGACAUCCUGUUCCCUUUUGACAGUCACACCUCAGUUUGUCAUGACUGCUCUGCAGUCUUCCACAGAGAUUGCUACUAUGACAAUUCCACUACUUGUCCAAAAUGCACCCGAUUCACUGAACGCAAACAAGAUGACAUCCCAGAGGAGAAAAAGGCAUAAUUUUAUGUUGCACUUUGCCUCAUGAAAUAAUCAGAUUAUCCAAACCAGAUUCUCAUGUUCACUUUUACAUUUUACUUUUUUUUUUACUUGUCUGUAGUAUGAAGGUACGCGUGGAUGUUUGCAUUUUGACAAUAAUGUUUUAAUUUCAUAUUGAUUGGAUAAAAAACUGAAUGUCUCUGCACUUUCUGUGUGAGUGUGUGUGUCCAGUUGUGGAGAGUGACAAACUCAAGAGAAAUUCCACACCAUAGGUUUUGAUCUUGCAUGCACAAGUUGCAUAUUAACUCUUAUGAUCAUAUGUAUUAAUCCGGAAAGCCAACUGUAUUAAACCUUGAAUUGUAAUAACGUAGCAGUUUUUCAUAUCCAGUCAUCCGUUUAUAGGUAUGUUAUGAAUGAUAUGUUGUUGUUUUUUCUGUUGUUCAUUUAUUUACUGCCUGUUACCCAGUAGGUGCUGAGAUAAUCUCCCCUGACAUUAAACUAGAAAUAUGAGACAAUUAAGUUCUGAUUAGAUUGACAAGAAAUUAAUUUGUUCAAGUAUGCCAUAAGCUUCCAAAUUAUGGUUAAACUUCAGCAAGUAAUGCCAACAAACAGUAAGAUUGUGUGUUUUCUUUAAGGUAAAGUUGAUUCAGGUUUGUUUACUUUUUAAAAAGUUCCUGUUUUCAAAACUGUGAAUUUAUUUUUGCCUGAUAGCUCGAUCUUUUCAUUCAGCUUUGUUAAAUGCAGUGCUGCAAAUAGCUGUUGGUCUUGCAUGAUGCAAGGUGUUGUAUUUAGAGCUGCCAUCUGACCGGCUUGAAAUGUUGUAUAUGCUUUAUAAACUAGCUAUAACACAUUUUGUGUGCCUUGUCUUGGAAUCUCUAUAAAUGUAUAUAUAAGAAAAAAUUUAUAAAUGUGGCCCAUUAUGGCUUUUUUGUUUUUCUGCAGCUUUAUUGUAAUCUUUACUAAUCAAUGUGCAAAAUUGUUAUCAAGUUAUUGCAUGAAUAAAGCAAAUAAAUCAACAGAG